AUGUGGUUUGGUCUAAAACUGUGUUGUCAUAAAUGUACUACACAUUUGCUGUGUCAAAAACCUGGCAGGAUGGACAGUAUCAUUGGGUCGGUGGGGAGAGUGGCAAAUGUCAAAGUUCGCAACGACGACGACCUCAACGACAGGGUGAACCACUUGUACACUACAGGCAUCCUCAUCAUCUUCACGGUUGUUGUCAGCGCCAGGCAGUAUGUAGGUGAUCCUAUCAGGUGCUGGUGCCCUGCUCAGUUCACGGGUGCUCACGUCGACUACACCAACAACAUCUGCUGGAUCUCCAACACCUACUACAUCCCCAUGGAGGACGCUCUCCCACAGAGCACCAGCAAACGGCAAGAGAACGAGCUGACCUACUACCAGUGGGUACCCAUCAUGCUACUCAUUCAGGCCCUAAUGUUUUAUAUCCCAUGCAUUAUCUGGCGGCUGCUAAACGGCCAGUCGGGCAUCAACGUGGAUAGAAUCGUAUCUUUGGCUAGUGAUGCUCAGUAUGAAGCACCCGAGAUUCGAAUUCGCACCAUCAAAUACGUGGUGCGUCAUAUAGACAGAUGCCUGGAUAAUCAACGCGAAAGUAGACAUCGCUGCUGUGUGACUUUGCGUCACAUCCUCUCGGCCAAGCUCUCUCUGCUCUGCGGCCGACGGUACGGCAACUACCUUGUGGCCACAUAUUUAGCCAUGAAAAUCCUGUACAUCUCUAACGCGAUUGGCCAGCUCUUCAUGCUCAACGCAUUCUUAGGCACGGAUUACAACCUCUACGGGUUUCAGGUCAUGGAGAAGUUAAUAGAAGGCAAAGACUGGAGCGAGUCCAGGCGUUUCCCUCGAGUCACCAUGUGUGAUUUUGACAUCCGUCAGAUGACCAACAAGCACCACUACAGUGUCCAGUGUGUACUUCCAAUAAACCUUUUCAAUGAAAAGAUAUACAUUUUCCUUUGGUUCUGGCUCGUGUUUGUAUCCAUAGUCACUUUUUACAGUUUCAUGGCCUGGCUUUGGCACAUGAUAUUUCCGUCCUCCAGAAUACAUUACAUCAGAAAAUUCCUGAAGGUAAUGGACCGCAUCGGUUCAGGUCCAGACAAGAAACUAGCCACUCGCUUCACAAUGGAGUAUCUACGCCAUGACGGGGUGUUUACCUUAAAACUUGUAGGAAAGAACUCUAGUGAUAUUGUUGUCGCUGAGAUCAUCUCUGGGUUGUGGGAUUUGUAUCGAAGCAAGAAAUCUAUACAGAUCAGGAACACCACAUCGUUGGCUUCAAACGGACAUGACAGCGAUGGUGAGGAUGUAUAG